AUGGAUUAUCCUGAUGAAGAUCCAUUUAACGAUGAUGGCAAUGAUUGUAAUAAUGAUAAUGAGGAUGAUGAAGGAGGCAAGCAGGAAGACAACGACAGAGAUUCUAUGGAUACAGAUGAUGCAGAAGAAAAUGAAGCUAAAAGUAUAUUAAGAUCUGAACGUAAGCCCAAAGAAUUCACCUGUGACACUUGUGAAAAGAAUUUUACCAGCAAACGUAAUCUGAAUUUGCACAUAAAAAUGUCACACCUAAGAGAUAGGCCCUACAAAUGUGAUUACUGUGACAAAUCGUUUUUCGACAACAAUACCCUGCAGAAUCACAUUGCCCAACAUACCGGCUAUGAUUGUCCGACAUGCCAUAAAACCUUUUCAACUAAACGUAAUUUGAAACGCCAUUCGUAUUUGCACAUCGAAACCAAGGAAUUCGUGUGUCCCGUUGAAAAUUGUGGCAAAGCAUUUUCCAAUCAAGUUCUUCUAAGGGAGCAUGGACGUCUGCACAAAGCCGAUGUACUUAUAUGCGAGGAAUGUGGCUAUAAAUGUCGACAACGGGAAUCUCUGGUUGUACAUAAACGCAAACACACGGGCGAGAAACCGUUUGCUUGUGAAUUAUGUGAUCGUCGGUUUGGUUCGAAAUCCCUACUGAAGGAACACAUGGCCGCCCACGAAACGGAACGUAAUCAUAUCUGUGAUGUGUGUGGAAAAAGUUUCAAUCGUCCGAAAGCUCUGUAUCAUCAUAAACAUUUGCAUUUGGGCAUCAAGAAGUAUGUGUGUAAAAUAUGCAAUCAGGCAUAUGCCCAGGCUGCGGGGCUGUCAGCGCAUAUGCGUAAGCAUCGCGAAGAAUCGGGAGGGAAUUAA